AUGACUGAUGAGGGCUACAAGGAUCUAUCGAUUGUGGAGUGGGGUGAAGACCAGAAACUCCGCAUGAUUGCUCCCUGCAAGGAUGGCUAUUACGAUGUAUACGAGUCCACUAGGGCUGGAACAAGAUGGUACACGAAUGGCGCGCCAAUUUCCCGCGUGUGGGGCAAUUCACGUGAUCGAAAAGGGGAGGGCGCGCUAAGUGGCUUCAUCACUGCAACCGUCGAUGGAAUUAAGGUGAUGCUGCUCACCACGCCGGUGUAUUCUGAGGAGAAGGGAGAGGGUCGGCUGCAUCUUUGGAUGACAGACAAUGCCCGUGUGCACGACGUUGGGCCGGUUUCUCGUGAAACUGAUGACGCCGCCGCCAGCUCCCUGCUGUACAGAGCUGACAAGAAGGAGUUAAUUUUACUGUACGAGAAGAAGAGCGGAGAUUCAUACAGUCUUGUCGCUGUGAACCUGACUGAGCAGCUGGAGCGGAUAAAGAGCGUGGUGAGGGCCUGGAAAGAUAUGGACACCGCACUCAAAAACUGCACUUCCAGUGAUACCGUUGACUCGUGA